AUGGCCGACGCUACACGGCACACGCACAUCGCCCCACGCGGGGGGCGACACGCGUGUACGCCCGUCGUGGACGACCCAUCGCCGGGGCUGGUGCCGCGGCUGGCGCCGCCGAAUCUUUCAGAUCUCAUAGGGGCUCGACCCAAACGUCGCGCGGUUCGACCGCCGACGACCCGCGCGCACACUGUCCUUCCUCUCCAAGGCCACCCGGACGCGCGCGACACCCCAUCCUUCCCCCCCGCCGUCCCGGACGCGCACCGCGUUGCGGUUUCACUGCGAUACGACGUCGCGCGCGAGGUGCUCCUCCGUCCCCAUCGUUAA